AUGACCAAAUCUCAUAUUAAUUUUGAGCUUUCAACAACUUCCCCACCUAUCGUCAUCCCUGCUCAUAAGGUGUCGUAUCGUGCAUCUGUACCGGAAACUCGAAUGUCACCUACAACCGGAAAUCCUGUAUUUGAUAGUAAACAGUCGACUAUUAAUUCUCAUCUGUCUUCAAAAAGCGGAAGUCUCGAAUCAAAUCAUAUAUCCUCCUCGCCAACGACCUUGACCCUGCUAGAAAAUAACCAUAUAGAAGUCUCUCCACUGUCGUCAAACUCUUUUGAGACUUCGAGAUCCCCUUACGGUUCGUCAUCAAGAACCCGAUCUCUUUCGUAUACCAAAGGGACCCGAGGUUCUUUGACCGUUGGUGUUAAUCACACUUCAGCCCUUGCCAGGAAUCCCUUUGGUGACUGCGAAAUAUUUACCACCGAUGUACUGAAACCGUUGAUCGAGUCAAACGCAAAGAAGUCCACGAACGAUUCUAAAAAAUCACCCGACGAAGAACUUGGUAGUAGUAAACCCACUGUCUCGCAGGAGAAAACUGAAAAGAGAUUACGUCGGAAGAGUAGUUGGGACAUUGUGGAAUUGCUGGCAUUGGACAACUUUAGAAAUUGGAUGGUAUGCUUUUGCGUGGUGAACUUUGACUUAGAAUUGGGUCAGGCGAUAGAUUCUAUGUACCCACCUUUAGAAUUGGGAGAUGAAGAAAAGAAGAGUAUUUGUUUUUCGGCUUUUCCGGACUCCAAUUCUUUCGAUGUGGGUGAUACUGUAUUUAGCUUCCGGAUAAGAUGUUCAAAAUCGGGAUUGGUUGCUUCAGGUCCAACUGCUGAUGCAGGAUUUUUAUAUGGUUAUGUGUUCUUUCGACAAAAGAAAGAUCCAAAGAUAAGGCGAGGAUACUUUCAGAAAUCCCUGGUAUUACUGUCCCAAUAUCCGUUCGUUGGUCUUUUCUCAAGAGUGGUCUCAAUACUCGGUCCUUCAUAUUUUGAGGUGGGAAAACCAAUGCUGGAGGCAGCGUGUCACAACAUCGCUAGCUGGAAAUCACCGUCUCCUGGAAAAUUAUUUGACCUCCCAUUCCUUGGAUAUGUAAUACAAGUAGAGAUCCCACAGUCGAAUAAGCCACAGCUGCUAGAAACGAGUCCGUUUGAUAUGUCCAACUACCGACCUGAGCUUCAGAUAUUAGCUUCGUUACCACCGACACCGAUGUUCACCCAUUUCCGAGGGAUGAUCAAGGAUUUAUGGUUAUGUUGGGAGCUGAUGUUAUUUGCCGAACCGAUAGUUUUGAUUGCGCCGGAUCCAAAAGUUUGUAGUGAGUCGGUGAUCGAGUUGAUGGACAUAAUAAAUCCAAUACCUUAUUGCGGAGAUUAUCGACCAUAUUUCACCAUCCAAGAUUCCGAUUUUAAGACUUUUGUGACUAAAAAUAGGCCUCCAUCAAAUGUUAUAAUUGGGGUGACCAAUCCAUUCUUUACAAAAGCGUUGCAACAUUGGCCCAACAUAAUUAGA